AUCACGUGUCCGUGGGUGGCCUGGGUGACAGUUUCUAUGAAUACCUGCUCAAGGCCUGGCUGAUGUCUGACAAGACUGACGAGGAAGGCAAAAAGAUGUACUAUGAUGCCCUGCAGGCAAUAGAAACCAACCUGAUGAGGAAGUCGAGCGGUGGGCUGACCUACAUAGCGGAGUGGAAGGUGGGGCUGCUGGAGCAUAAGAUGGGUCACCUGACCUGUUUUGCAGGUGGCAUGAUCGCUCUGGGUGCUGAUGGGGCGCCCAGUGACAAGACGGGCCACCAGAUGGAGCAGGCAGCUGAGAUCGCCCGCACCUGUCACGAGUCCUACGCCAGGACCGCUUUGAAGCUCGGUCCAGAGGCAUUUCGUUUCGACGGCGGGGUCGAGGCCAUCGCCACUCGCCAGAAUGAAAAAUAUUUCAUCCUCCGUCCCGAGGUCAUCGAGACCUACAUGUACAUGUGGAGGUUCACCCACGACCCCAAAUACAGAGAGUGGGGCUGGGAGGCUGUUCAGGCCUUGGAGCAGCAUUGUAAAGUAGAAGGAGGCUACAGCGGCGUCAGAGACGUCUACGCUCCGACUCCAAACCACGAUGAUGUACAGCAGAGCUUCUACUUGGCUGAGACGCUCAAGUAUCUCUACCUGCUGUUCUCUGACGACGACCACCUACCGUUCGAACACUGGGUCUUCAACACCGAGGCUCACCCUCUGCCGGUCAUUAGGAAGGAUAAAACAGACAGACCCAACGACGUGGAGUAGUGGACCUUCCUGCGCUGACAACCACAAACAAGUGCGAGAACCUCUGAUCCUGUAUAUCUGAGCCUCCAGUUGUCUGCCUGAAACUGUUUAGCCACUGGGAGCCUCCAGUGGUUACAGAUGCCUCUUGAUCGGAUUUCACUUUAGAUUUUGGAUGGGAUCAAAACAGCAUCCAAGUGUAUUGGAGCUGAGUUCUCGCUGUAGAUUCCAGUUUGAUUCUUUUUGCUUUUGAUUUUUAGCUCUGGUUGAUUCCAGAUGCUGACCUGACACAACACAUUCACUGCUGGAUAACGUGAUAGCUCAUCAAAGUGUAAUAAAUCCUCCCUCCACAUGAGUUUAAAUCCAUAAUGUGGUUAAUUCUAAGAUGAUGCAGUGAUAAUCACACUGGUUUUUCGUGUUCUUGCAUUAUAACAGUUGUAUUUCUGAAGAUAUCAUUUCAUCAAAGUGCAGUUUAUUUCACUGGUAAGCUUCGUUUCUUGUUUCUGCUCAUUCAGAGGGACAAUCUGAGCUAUCACAUGAUUCAUCAGUGGUUUUGUUGUUAGUAGCUACAGCUCCGUCUGUACUUUUGAGGAGACCUGACAAACAUAAAGCAGCCGUCUCCCUGAUUUGGAUAUCAUGGACCCCAGUGUUUGGGCACCGAACCCAGAAAGACCUCCGUCUCUCGACUGAGGAUCACAAGGCUGACUUAAUGAGCUCAGAGACGCUCAGUUCACUUCACAUGCGUCGUCUUUUCCUUCUGCUGUACCGCUUCAACAUCUGAAAAGGAACCGGUUGUCUUGCACCAACGCUGGUGCCACCACCACUCGAUUUCAAAGAGACGCUGGGAGUUCGCUUUUCUAAAAAAAAAAAAAACGUGGUUGUCGCUGUAGGAGUAAAGUAAAGACGCAGCACAACCCGAGCCUCUUUUAUAAACCCACAGAACUUUAGACCUCUGCUCCCCCUCAUUUUACCUGAACACCUGACUGCUCCUUGUUUCCUUCCUCUGAGUUCGGUGUGACACGUCGACCAGCCACACCAGCUCUCUACCUGCCAGUAACUUCACUUUUCCCCCAUGACGUUUACACAAAGCUAUCCUCCUGCUUCUGCUUCUGCUUUAUCUGUAUCUGUCACCUGCUUUUGGAUUUAUUGGGAUUUAUUUCUCACAUUUGCACCAAGGUUCGACCAGCACAGGCAUUUUAAAGCUGAUGUCUUUUCUUUUUUUUUUUAACGGGCAGCAAACAUUUGUGCUCAUUUUCCAAAUUCUCAUCUGUCUUUUUUUUAUAGUCUUUCUCCAUUUCCCUCACAGAAAUUACACAUUUUGCACUCACUGGGACUCACUGAUCAUGAUUAGGGACUUUUGAAAGAAAACUAGAGAAUGGACCAAAAAGGCAAAAAAUGUAAAUUUUACCUCACUUUGGAGGAGCUCUCGAACAUAUUCUCGUAUUGGGCUGUAGCACUGUGUCAGUGAUUAUUCCUGAGGUGUGCCCAGCAUGGUGGGCAGACUGAGCACUGGAUAUCGAGAGAGUUCAGAACAUCCUCCUGGGUAAUGAUGAAUCAAAAAGGUGUGAAUGAUGGAGAAUCUCCUCAGACAGCCUCUCCUCAUAACACAUAGUUCUUGCAGUGGGAACAGUCCAGAUUUUGGGCUGCAGUGGAUUUGGGUGGAAAGCAUGAAUUGGCCUUCCGUCAGCAGAUGUUUGCUCAGCUGAAAUAAAGCAUGGGGAUGUGUUGGACUGUGAAAUGUCCUGUAAUUGUAACCUCUGGAAAGAGCUAGUUAGUGGACCUUGAAUAAUAUUUUUUAAAUGAUUACAUUUUUGGCAAACUAUUCCACAAGUCAAGGAGAAACUUUUACAUUUAAAAGUUUUCCUUGUUCCCUUCUUUUGUAGUCUGAAAAAGCAAUUGUUUGUAUAAAAACUGAACUUUAAGACCAUCAGACACUGAAAGUUUCCACUAAAGUGCUCACUGGCUAAUCAAAUUCAUCAGCAGGCCCAUGUAUUGGUCGAACCCUCUUUUUCUCUGUAGUAUUGCUUCUUCCUCUUUCCGUCCUCGUAGUCCAGCGUAGAGCAGGCUGUAGAUCUUCUCUCCUCUAUGAGGAGAUGCGGACACUCGACUUUGCUAUAAUACGUCACCUUCACACACAGAAGAAGCCAUACUGAUGCUACACAGCUUUACCAUUCUGUCAUUGAGUUUUGUUCUUUUCAUCCUCCAUACACACACACACACACACACACACACACACACUCGAGGCUGUGUGACUGUGUUGCUGCUUUUGUUGCCGUUCCGCAAUUCCAAGUCGCGUUCACUCGGUUAUUUAGUUGAAUUUCACGGUAAAGGUUCCUCCUGAUGCCACACAGAACCGUAGCCACAUUUAAUCCAGUUUAGUCUUCGAUCUAGUGCCUUCACUGUUGAGAAGGAGGAGGGAGAAGCAGCUCCCGCAAACACAAAAGAGUUUUUAAAAUAGUAUUGCAGCUUUAAGUAAGUUCCCCUGAUGAGGAUUAUACCAAAACGAGACAUGGAUUAAAGGAUAAUUCUACUUUUUAAUUUGAUAUUCAGAGUAACUUUGGUGUGAAGAUAGCUCAAGAGUUGGUGGAAACUUUUUGGCUUCGUUGCGAUCUGUGGGAGAUUAGACCACCAAAAGUCCAUGACAGGAGGUCAAUAUUGAAAUAAUAUAUGCUUAUACUAUUCUUUCUCCUGAGUCCAUCAUCUGUGGAAACAACAGCUUUCUAAAGAUCAGUCUCCUGUUGUUUCCUUGACUACACUGACACCUAGUGGUGAGAUAUUCCUAUUGCAGUCUGCAUGAGACCUGGGCUAAAUGACUGCUGUCUGAAAAGGCAAAAACAUUAUGAAAUAGUCACUUAAAUACAUAAAUAAUUAGGUUUUGGUAAGAAAAAAGUGUUUGGGGGACAAUUAGUAUAUAUUUAUAUUGUAUAUUAGUCUUUGUCACUCAUGUUUUCGGAUGUUUUUGUCAAAGUUUUCAGUAAUUACAAGACGGUGAUAUUCUGAGCUCUAAAAACAAAGAGAAAUCCUAUAACUGAAGAGUAAAAACUGAUGCUUUCUUGUUUUGCCAGGUAUUCACCACUUUGAGAUGGCAGAUGGGGAGUCAUUAGAGAUUCCAGUCAACAACAGCAUCACUGUUUGAAGUAGUUUCAAUUUAUUUACUUCAGAACCAGUGGCUGAACUGAGCGACAGUUUCAACAACUCGUGUUUUUCGCUCAGCAGGCUAAAACACACUUAGCCCAGGUAUCUCAAAACAGAACAAUAAAUCUGAAUGAAACAUCAUUUUCUGGCAAGAUGCUGUUUUUCCCCAUGUUUUAGGAUCGAUGCUUUUACUGACUCCCACCCUGCUUAACUGAAAGGACCAACAGAUUUUCAUCAGAUUUUUAUGUUCCCACACAUUCAGUAGUUUGCUGCUACAGAAAGAUGCUAAGAAAUUAUAGUUUACAAUCACAAGAUGAUUCCUUUGCAAAAAAAAAAAAAAAA